AUGCAGGACGGGAAGACCCUCCGGACGGCCAAACCCAACAGCUCUAUAUGGAAAGGUCUCUCAGAAGAUGCUUUUCGUCGUACAGCCAUUGCCCUUUCCCGAGCCACGAACGGCGUCCCGGUCGACCCAAAAGACUGGUGGUCCACUACGACUGACAGAGACAGCCUACCUUCUCCGACCACAUGUCGCUUGCUCUCUUUCCACACGGAGCAAAGAGUAGCUGAUGAUUUCGCAUUCAUAUCAGCUGCUCAAGAAGGAGCGGAGAGCGUAGCGGCGGUAUGCAUUGAGGAGAUUCGUGAGCCCCCGGGACUUGUCUUUCGUCUCGCUGCAAAUGAAGGGAUACGCACAGAGAUUAGGACUGCCGUGGAACAAAUCUGCGAUUCUCUGAUGUCUUGUGCGUCGACUGAUACCUCGCUGGCAGACUGUAUCUCGACAACCAGAAGAUUAGUACUCGAACUCUGCCAUGUGCGUAUCGUCUCGCGGAUACGACUGUUUCUUGGGCAUCAUCCUUCUCGCUAUCAUGGGGGUGCCAUAACGGCCAGUCCAGAAGUCAAGAACACUCUGAGCCGCAUGCGAACCACGGCGUCAACGCCAGUUGCCGUAGCUUUAGUCAACCGGAUAUCCAAGCUGAAAGCAAAAUUCGAAAAUAUCCUACGCUUAGACAGCCUUCAUAUAGCCCAUGAGCUAGAGGAGUGUGUUUACGAGUGCUUUUGUAUCACCACGUCCGAUGGCCGUAUGCCAUUUCGGACCACUUUACAAGAGGCCGGAUUCGAUUCUCAGAAGUGGUUUAACAAUAAAUUCAUUAUGCAAAUCGACAAGGUCGGAGCGUAUCACAGAAUUCCCGAGACUCUAGCAAGAGAGGCUCGUAGAAGAAAGACAAGACCACUCUUCUCGAGCAUUAGGCUCGAAUAUAUCAAUCCAUACCGACCAGUACAGAGCGCGAUAUCACUUUCGGGGAAGAAGGUUAACUGCCAUGUGCAUGCAGAAGUACAGAUGGUCAUUCACUACAUUCUCGAACCGGCGUCAAACACGCCUCGAAUUAUCGGGACAAGCAAAGCAGCGUGUUUUCUUUGCCAUCUAUUCAUUACCGAGCACAAGAUGUUUGGCGUGUCAGCAUGGCAUGGGCGUCUGUUCGACCAGUGGACUAUUCCCGACCUUGCGGAGUAUAGCUCCGCGAAUAUCACCACAUUGAGAGCAACAAUACAAGGAAUGCACCACAAAUGCGCCCAACUUAUCUCGACAAGCCACCCGCGGCGGCCUUACCCUCUGACUAGCAGACACAAUCUGCGGGAUCUUCCCAAUUUCUCACCCGCAUCAACGAUCCCAAGCAUGAGAUUUGACCAGGCACCAAGCCUGAGCAGGGCCGUUUCCACGGUCGCAGAGGGACAUCCGGUCAGCGCUCCUUCCGUCCAUGCAUCCGGAUCACCAGCUUCGUCAGUUCUUCGUGAACCAGACGUUAGCGAACGGCUAUCAGCUGCCGACAGUCCGGAAACACCAGAACCGUCGAAUCAUGCACUUGAGUCAGACGUCGUUGUUGAAAGUAACAAUGCUGGAGCUCCGGUGCCCGAAACCCACGAUCUCAGUGGCGGGCGCCAAGGGGUCAGCUCAAGUACAUUAGUUUCCUCCACAGGGGUUUUCCACCUUCGUCCCGGCAGGCCUCGAGUUAUCGAAUUUCCGCAUGUUAAUAUCCUUGCCGAGAUCGAGUCACCUGCGGUGGGGGUUCUCACCUUGAAAGCAGACAACGAAAUGAAUAUACAUUCCGGAAGUCGGGUUAUCAAUCUGGAAGACCUCAGAGAAGGGGAUGAGGCCAGCUUCGAAAAGCGAGAUUCUGAGUCUUCCAUUGUGCUCCGGUUCCAGAAAGGCGGCGUGAGUGCGUGUUGUCUGGCCCUGGAGUGGGUUUAA